AUGGAGCUACUACGAGAUGCAGCUUUUGGACACAUCGUCCGGUUUGUGACGCGAGGAAAAUUAAGGCAAUUCCAGUACUAUGAAGAACAAAAUCCUGAACUAUGGCGAGAUUAUGUCGACGCGGAUAAGACUGCCAAUAUCGCCCGCUACGGCCAGGUUGAAAUACCUGAGAAGGAGUUUGAUCAGACCAAGGACGAAGAGGGAUUUCCUUGGGGAAGAGGUGCCAGUGUGGAAUCGGACCGAACGAGAGUCCCAGGAGAUGAGGAGUACAACGAAUUGAGCGGCACAAGAGUCGACCCUGAGAAGGGCAAGAAUAUCAAUCUCGUCGCUUUUUUACCUAACGAUCCCGAAAAUCCUCAAAAUUGGUCUUUGAAGAAGAAGGUCUUCGUGACCUUCCAGAUCUGCCUGCUUACGGUGGGCGUCUAUAUCGGCUCGGCCAUCUACAGUGCUGGUGUGUUGGACGUGAUGAAGGUCUUUGGUGUCAGCCAGGUCGCCGCUUUGCUUGGCCUCACGCUCUUUGUUGCAGGAUAUGGCCUUGGUCCGAUGAUCUGGAGCCCCCUAUCCGAAAUUCCCCAGAUCGGUCGCAACCCAAUUUACAUCAGCACUCUCCUGCUCUUCGUCCUACUUCAGAUUCCUACGGCAAUGGCAGUCAACUUUGGUAUGCUGCUAGCCUUCCGAUUCAUCACGGGGUUCGUCGGGUCGCCUGUCCUCGCGACCGGAGGUGCAACACUGGCAGACAUCUGGUCACCCAAGAAAAGAGCCUACGCCAUCGGUAUAUGGGGAGUCGCAGCAGUCUGUUCUCCAACGUUAGCCCCAGCGAUCGGAGGGUUUGCAGCCAUGGCAAAGGGUUGGACCUGGCCCAUCUGGGAACUGAUGUGGUUGAGCGGGUUCGCAUUCGUCUUGCUCUUUUUCUGCCUCCCCGAAACAAGUGCCAACAAUAUCCUUUAUAGACGGGCAAAACGUCUUCGGAAGCUCACUGGAAACCAGAAACUCAUGUGUGAGGCUGAAUUGAUGGCAGAGGAGAUGACUCCGAGGGACAUCAUGAUGGUGUCUUUGGUCCGGCCGUUCACGCUGAACUUCACAGAACCCAUGGUCUUCCUUCUCAAUCUCUACAUCGCCUUGAUCUAUGGGUUGCUCUACAUUUGGUUCGAGUCGUUCCCAAUUGUAUUCACCGGCAUGUAUGGGUUCAACAUUGGUCUCCAAGGUGUCGCAUUCGUGGGAAUCUUGGUCGGUGCCUUGAUCGUCAUUCCGCCGUUCUUUUGGUACUUGCACAAAUAUCUUGAGCCACAGUUCGACGAGAACGGAGAUAUUCAGCCCGAGAAGCGUCUACCUCCCGCAUUCUUCGGCGGCUUCGCCAUCCCUAUCUGCCUCUUCUGGUUUGGAUGGACGUCAAGGCCGGACAUUCACUGGAUCGUGCCAAUUAUCGGUUCCGCGUGGUUUAGCAUCGGGUCGUUCUUGCUCUUCAACUCAGUGCUCAACUACUUACCUGACGCAUAUCCGAAUGUUUCCGCUUCGGUUCUCGCUGGAAAUGAUCUUUUCAGGAGCGCAUUUGGUGCAGGAUUCCCCUUGUUCGCGAACGCCAUGUACAACAAGUUGGGGGUCGGAUGGGCAAGUUCUCUUUUAGGGUUCUUGUCGAUCCUAUUCAUUCCCAUUCCAAUCAUACUUUACAAGGUCGGCCCUACAUUGCGCAGAAACUACAGCAAACAUGCGCGGAAAGAUAUCUAG